AUGGCCCUCAGCGACGCGGGCGGCGGCGGCGGCGGGGUGGAAGCGUCGUUAGGGUUUCGAGUGCACGCGUCGGCGGGACGAGGAGGAGGACGAGGGGGCGUCGGCGGCGCGGGCACGCCGAUGGCGAGAGGGACGGGCCGACGCGGCGGCGUCGCGCCGCCGCCGCCGCCGCCGCGACUGUCCUCGAGCGGCAGAGCCGUCGCGGCGGUGCGGUCGUUCCGGGGCACGCCGACGCCGCGUCACUCGUCGCCGCCGCGCGGCCGGAGCUGUCGCGACGACCGGCCGUCGCCGCCGUCGUCGCCCGUGUUCGAGGGCGUCGCGGAGCGGACCUCGCGACGAGGGCGGCGGCGCGAGGCGCCUUCGCCGUUUCGAGCGACGUGGUUCGACGACGACGACGACGACGACGACGACGACGACGACGGGGAGGACGACGGCGGCAACGACGAGAACGACGACGCGGCGUUGUUCGAUUCAUUCGCGCCGGUCAGCCCUAACGCACGCGACGGGGGAGUCACGACGACCGCGUUCCGCGGCGUCGGCGCGAGUAAAGAGGACGCGGAGGCUUACGAACGGAGCCGCGUGAACAAGCGCGUCCGCGACCUCGCGCGAGUGAUGCGCGACUCGCUGUCGCGCGUGGGGUGCGCGAGCUCCGAGGCGGACCUCAAGAGCGAGUGCGUCACGUUGGUCGACCGCCUGAAGCGGUUCGUCGCGGAGGGCGCGUCGGCGCGAGGAGGCGUCGGGCGUUGA